AUGGUUGGAAAAAGCAAAAAGAAACGCAAUAGCAAAGACUCUACAUCCAGCAAUGCUGGUAGUGGCGAGGGCGAGGAGAAAAAAAAGAAGGAGGGCGGUGGUGGCAAGAAGAAAGGAGGCAUGGGAAAAUCCAUAGGCUGUGACAUCUUCAAUGACGCUGCCAUGGAAAACGCUUACUAUGUGUGCCACAAUGUCCAGGAUGUUCUUAAAUCAAGAGGAUUCGCCUGGCCAGAUGGACAAAAGAAGAAAAAGAAAGGAAAACGUUGAUUUAGAACCUAAAAAAGAGAACUACAAUCAGCAACAACAUAUGAUUGAUAAGAAUAUAUUUUUAAUGUACCAGCAUAUUUUUGACGGAGUCUAAGUUCCGAGAAACAACUUUAUGAAACGAA